AGUUCUCAACUUUGCAGCCAUUGCUGCACUAAACGGGAGUUUUAGUUAAUUAACUUUUUGAUUUCCGAAACUAUCCGCUAUUUGUGUUGGAAGUUUUGUGCUGGAACGAAGCAUCGUCUGGUGGCGUGGGACGGAUUAUUGUGAAACAUUUGAGUUCAACUUCGACGGCGCGCAAGAACCGACGGAGCAUUUAUCACUGAGCUCUGUUGGGAUUUGUAGAAGUGCAUUCCAAAACCUAAUCCAUUCCUGCGGACUGUGAAAUGGAAAACCCUGCUUCCCAUAAGCGGUCCCUCCGUGCAGCUGACUUGGGAGGCAGCGAUAGCGAAACAGAUGGAGCUGUUAAUGCGCAGCCUAGUGGCAGCCAAAACGUAAAGGCAAAAACGAAAGCGCAGUCGCAAUCCAGUGCAUUCGGUAGCAAUACGAAGGAAGACUGCGCAGCGAAGAUUGCCGCGGGACUGUUCUUCACGAGGCCAAAGGAAAAGGCCCGGGCGAGUUUCUGGGAAUUUUUCCACGUUGUCUGCGAUGAAGCAGGGAAGGAGUUGCCGUUUGCCCAGUGCCUGGGAUGUUCGAAAUUAUUCCAACGUGGCGAACACACUGGAACGUCAGGCUUUACGCACCAUUCCUCCAUUUGUCGACCCACUGCAACACCAACCAAAAUCACCGAUUUUUUCAAUGCCAAGCCUCUGCAGAAAAUGUCGGACUCAAAGGAAACCGUCACGAAUGCGCUGAUUCCUGCUUCCGUGUUCAGCGCUCGACGUCCUCUGCAGUCAUCCACAAAGUCUAACCAGUUGAAACCCCAAUCAACACCGUGCAUAUCAUACCGAGAACUGAUCCGAGCGGUGGGGAUUGACCCGGAGACGAAUCCCUCAUCGUGGCGGAAGUCCAUCGAUCAUUCCGCAGAAACGGUUGUCUUCUUCCAAGUGGAUCUGCGCGGCACUCUGCCCCGCAUGAGCAAGAGCGUGCGGGUGUGUCGCGAGCAGCCCUCGGGCGAGGACAAGCAGGGCCGGCUGAUCCCGACGGUGUUCGUGGACGAGACGCAGCUCAGCUCCGAUUACGUUAAAGCGGUGAUCGGACGGCGCUUCCUCUCCGACGAGGACGAUCUCAUGAAACUCCUCGAACACGUGGGAGUGCUGCGACCCGAUGAGGAAGCGAUGGAAGGGCAGGAGAACGACGGAAGGGACGACGACUGGCAGGAAGAUGAAACGGAAAACGUAUCGUAUCUUCCCCAGUCCGAGCCAAAGCGCGCGCGAUUUGCGGGACGAACAGAGUUUGGUCAACGAAUUGCAGCCAGCAGAUCUCACACCGGAACCGGAGACCAUCCGACAGUAUUGGCAUCCACCGGUGGCCAUACAGUUGUUGAUAUGAAUCCAUAUUAUCACGGUUCAGUUGAUAAUUUAUCGACGAACGCUUUGGGAGGAAAUCCAGCCGAUGUAAUGGAUGCAGAUACGGAAAUGAGUGGGGUUGCCGCUGAAGAUGAUAAUCAGAAUUUUCCUUUAUCCGAAUACGCCCAAUACACUGCCGGUUCCUCUGCACACGAAGGUGACGAAGAACAUCCUGAACCUGGGUUGGAAGAUGAUCCCGAUUUCGAAGAGGAAAGAGCGCACGACAUAGAGUUGGACGACGGUGACCUUGCAGCACCCGCGGUGGCGCGAGAGCACGAUUCUCUCUACCAAGGUGCCACAUUCCAUUCCUACAUUGAAUUCAUGUCAGCCUUGCAGCGGUACAAGACCGACACCUCGACCACCCUGACCGUGAAACGCUCCGUCCCGCUGCCGGCUCUGGAUCCCGACAAGGAAGUGUACAAAUUCCGGCGCGUCAUCUACCAUUGCAGUCACCGUGGGGGGUCUACUGGCAAGCGCAAACCGACCACUCCCAAGUUGACGGGAUGCCCGUUCACCCUCACCGUCACGCUGUACAAGCGCGAGCAUAUCAUGCGAAUAUCCCAUAUGAGCAGACAUGGCGAGCACACACAUCCAUUCAGGGAAGCCCCGCACCAACGCCAUAAUAUGUACAAACGCCAGCGGGAUAGUGGUGAGCGAGAAAAAGUCAGAGCGCUGCAAUCCAGCCGUAUGCCAACAAUGGUCAUUCCUCCGUCAAUCAGGAAAGAUACUGGAAGAGGAACAACGUCCGAAGAUGUUUAGCUUCCAGAAUAUAUGGGCGCUGAGCAGAAGUAGCGGAAGUGUUUUGGGCCAUCUGCCGAAAGCAGCCGGCAUUCUGAAGGCCCGGUGCAACAGCAAUCGAGCUUGUUGUAUCGCGAGAAUUUUGCCGUAUGACCUUUAUUGCAAGGGUGUUGUGCGGAAGCGAUCCAGAACCAGUGAAGUUGUCUUCGUAAACCCAAAAAAGGAUAUUGCCUUAUGAACAAUUGUAUAUCAGCGUUUCCUCGUGUUGACGGAGAGUGCAUCUACAAUAAAGACAUUCCACUAAAUUGUGUAUAAACCAGUUUUGUAAUUUUUUACGCACUGUGUUAUGUUCAACCGAACUUCAUGGGACUCUGCGUUGCGCAAAUAACGAACUGUGGUGGUCCAUUUAAACGCCACUCAACUGUGAAUGAAUAAAUAAGUUGUGAAGGAACAUGGUGACGAAUUAUUAAGAUGUACUUCUAAAUUGAAAUAAGCGUUACUGAAGUUGU